UGCUUCGCAAGCUUCGACAGAUCAAGACUCUGGGAUAAAAGCACUCGAGGACAUCAGGCCUAGGAGUGAUGGCGUCCAACCAGCAUAAAGUACGCUUCAACAUGAUUGUUGCUGCAGAUGACAAACUCGGAAUUGGGAAAGACGUGUCUCUUCCGUGGAACUUACCGACAGACAGACAGUUUUAUAUGAGCCACGUCACCAAGGUCAGUCCCAAUAAGAAGAAUGCGAUGAUCGUUGGCCGACUGACCGAAUCCAUCUCUAGGCAAGAGAGAAAACCCAGCAAGCUGUUCUUUGUCCUCAGCAAGACGUUGAAAGAAGUACCACCAAGAGCGGACUACUUGUGCCAAAGUCUGGAGGAGGCAUUGGCCAUUAUCGAAGGCCCCUCACUCAGAGAUGUGGUGGAGAAUGUUUGGAUAAUAGGAGGCUAUGGAGUGUAUAAGGCGGGCUUGGAAUCCCCUCAGUGUCAUCGAUAUUACAUCACACGAGUAUACGGCGACUUCCAGUGUGACGCCUUCUGCCCCGAUGUGGAUUCCACCAAAUUUAAACUUGUCAGUGAUCCAGACAUCAAUGGUGAGAUACAAGAAGAAAACGGUAUCAAGUUCAAAUUUGAAGUUUACGAGAGGAUGUAGUGAUGGCAAUCAAGUUCUCACUCGACUGACUGCCUUUUGAAAGGCAGAUGGAUGAACCAGCUUGGCUGACAGGUUCUACCUCUGAUCUCUGAGAGUUGUCACCCUUGCUCUUGUUGACUGCUCCUUUAUUGACGAAGGGAGUGUGAUGGCCUAGCGGUUAAGAACACCGGACUCACUUUCUGGUGUUUCAGAGGCAACAGUGACGUGGGUUCGAGCCCGC